GUCCCUGAGUACUGACGGUCACAGGCUGCCACAUCUUUCCUGUUGACUCAUGUUUGGUUCCUCCAGUGAAAAUUUUACUUAGAGAAAUGCUGCCUCCAAAGCACUUGCCUGCCACAAAACCUAAGAAGUCCUGGGCCCCAAAUCUGUAUGAGCUAGACAGUGACUUGACUAAGGAGCCAGAUGUCGUCAUAGGAGAAGGUCCAACUGAUGAGUUUUUUCAUCAGAGGUUUCGGAACCUAAUCUAUGUGGAAUUUGUUGGGCCUCGGAAGACCCUGAUCAAACUCCGAAACCUCUGCCUCGAUUGGUUGCAGCCGGAGACUCGCACCAAGGAGGAGAUCAUCGAGCUCUUGGUCCUUGAGCAGUACCUGACCAUCAUCCCUGAAAAGCUCAAGCCUUGGGUGCGAGCAAAAAAGCCGGAGAACUGUGAGAAGCUCGUCACUCUGCUGGAGAAUUACAAGGAGAUGUACCAACCAGAAGACGACAACAGUGACGUGACCAGCGACGACGACAUGACCCGGAACAGAGGAGAGUCCUCACCACCUCACUCAGUCCAUCCUUUUGGUGGUGAGCGGGACUGGGACCGGAGGGGCAGAAGCAGAGACAUGGAGCCACGAGACCGCUGGCCCUACACCAGGAACCCAAGAAGCAGGAUGCCUCAGCGGGAUCUUUCCCUUCCUGUGAUGGCGAAAACAAGCUUUGAAAUGGACAGAGAUGACAACAGGGACUCCAGGGCUUAUGAGUCCCGAUCUCAGGAUGCUGAAUCAUACCAAAAUGUGGUGGACCUCGCUGAGGACAGGAAACCUCACAACACAAUCCAGGACAACAUGGAAAACUACAGGAAGCUGCUCUCCCUGGGAGUGCAGCUUGCUGAAGACGAUGGCCACUCCCACAUGACGCAGGGCCACUCAUCAAGAUCCAAGAGAAGUGCCUACCCAAGCACCAGUCGAGGUCUAAAAACUAUGCCUGAAGCCAAAAAAUCAACCCACCGGCGGGGGAUUUGUGAAGAUGAAUCUUCCCACGGAGUGAUAAUGGAAAAAUUCAUCAAGGAUGUGUCACGCAGUUCCAAAUCGGGAAGAGCAAGGGAGUCAAGCGACCGGUCACAGAGAUUCCCCAGAAUGUCAGAUGAUAACUGGAAGGACGUUUCAUUGAACAAGAGGGAGUCAGUGAUCCAGCAGCGGGUUUAUGAAGGGAAUGCAUUUAGGGGAGGCUUUAGGUUUAAUUCAACCCUUGUUUCCAGAAAGAGAGUUCUUGAAAGAAAGAGGCGCUAUCAUUUUGACACAGAUGGGAAGGGCUCGAUUCACGAUCAAAAAGCCUGUCCCAGGAAGAAGCCCUUUGAGUGUGGUAGUGAGAUGAGAAAAGCCAUGAGCAUGAGCAGCCUGAGCAGCCUCAGCUCCCCCUCCUUUACCGAGUCACAGCCAAUUGAUUUUGGGGCAAUGCCAUAUGUAUGUGAUGAGUGUGGGAGGUCGUUCAGUGUCAUCUCAGAAUUUGUUGAGCACCAGAUCAUGCAUACUAGAGAGAACCUCUAUGAGUAUGGUGAGUCCUUUAUUCACAGUGUGGCUGUCAGUGAAGUUCAGAAAAGUCAGGUUGGAGGGAAACGUUUUGAAUGUAAGGACUGUGGAGAGACCUUCAAUAAGAGUGCCGCCUUGGCUGAACAUCGGAAGAUUCAUGCUAGAGGGUAUCUUAUGGAAUGUAAGAAUCAGGAGUGUGAGGAGGCCUUCAUGCCUAGCCCAACCUUUAGUGAGCUUCAGAAAAUAUAUGGCAAAGACAAAUUCUAUGAGUGCAGGGUGUGUAAGGAAACUUUCCUUCAUAGUUCUGCCCUGAUUGAGCACCAGAAAAUCCACUUUGGGGAUGACAAAGAUAAUGAGCGUGAACGUGAGCGUGGGGAAACCUUUAGGCCCAGCCCAACCCUUAAUGAGUUUCAGAAAAUGUAUGGUAAAGAGAAAAUGUACGAAUGUAAGGUGUGUGGGGAGACUUUCCUUCAUAGCUCAUCCCUGAAAGAACAUCAGAAAAUCCAUACUAGAGGGAACCCAUUUGAAAAUAAGGGUAAAGUGUGUGAGGAAACCUUUAUUCCUGGUCAGUCCCUUAAAAGGCGUCAGAAAACUUACAAUAAGGAGAAGCUCUAUGACUUUACAGAUUCCCGGGAUGCCUUCAUGCAAAGCUCAGAGCUCAGUGAGCAUCAGAAAAUUCAUUCUCGAAAGAAUCUCUUUGAAGGCAGAGGGUAUGAGAAAUCUGUCAUUCACAGUGGGCCAUUCACUGAAUCUCAGAAGAGUCAUACUAUAACAAGACCUCUUGAAAGUGAUGAGGACGAGAAGGCGUUCACCAUUAGCUCUAACCGCUAUGAAAACCAGAAGAUUCCCACUAAGGAAAAUGUCUAUGAGGGGAAAUCAUAUGAGAGGUCUGUUAUUCAUAGCUUAGCGUCUGUGGAAGCUCAGAAAAGUCACAGUGUAGCGGGGCCCAGUAAACCAAAAGUAAUGGCAGAGUCUACCAUUCAGAGCUUCGAUGCUAUCAACCAUCAGAGAGUUCGUGCUGGAGGGAAUACCUCUGAAGGAAGGGAAUACAGUAGGUCUGUUAUCCAUAGCUUAGUGGCUUCCAAACCUCCAAGAAGUCACAAUGGAAAUGAAUUGGUGGAAUCUAAUGAGAAGGGAGAAUCCUCCAUUUAUAUCUCAGACCUUAAUGAUAAGCGACAGAAGAUUCCUGCCAGAGAGAACCCUUGUGAAGGGGGCAGUAAGAAUCACAACUAUGAAGACUCUGUCAUACAGAGUGUAUCCCGUGCCAAACCUCAGAAAAGUGUUCUUGGAGAGGGAUCUGGUGAAUUUAAGAAGGAUGGCGAAUUCUCUGUUCCCAGCUCAAAUGUCCGUGAAUACCAGAAGGCUCGUGCUAAAAAGAAAUACAUUGAGCAUAGGAGCAACAAGACCUCUGUAAUUCACACUCUGCCUUUUGGUGAACAAACAUUUCACCCUCGAGGGAUGCUCUAUGAAUGUCAGGAGUGUGGGGAGUGCUUUGCUCAUAGCUCUGACCUCACUGAGCACCAGAAGAUUCAUGAUAGAGAGAAGCCCUCUGGAAGCAGAAAUUAUGAAUGGUCUGUCAUUCGCAGCUUGGCCCCUACUGACCCUCAGACAAGUUACGCCCAAGAGCAGUAUGCUAAAGAGCAAGCGUGGAACAAAUGUAAGGAAUUCAGACAAUUUUUUGCUACCAGCAAAGACCUCAAUACAAACCAGAAACUCUAUGACCAAGAGAAGUCUCAUGGCAAGGAGUCUCAAGGCGAGAAGACCCAUGGGGAGGAGACCCAUAGCGAGGAGACCCGCGGCGAGGAGACCCAUGUUCAGGAGACAAUUGAAGACCCUGUCAUUCAAGGCUCAGACAUGGAAGACCCUCAGAAGGAUGACCCUGAUGACAAAAUCUAUGAAUGUGAGGACUGUGGCCUGGGCUUUGUGGAUCUCACAGACCUCACAGACCAUCAGAAAGUCCACAGCAGGAAGUGCCUGGUUGACAGUCGGGAGUACACACAUUCUGUAAUUCACACCCAUUCCAUCAGCGAGUAUCAGAGAGAUUACACUGGAGAGCAGCUGUAUGAAUGUCCAAAGUGUGGGGAAUCUUUUAUUCAUAGCUCAUUCCUUUUCGAGCAUCAGAGAAUCCAUGAACAAGACCAGUUGUAUUCCAUGAAGGGGUGUGAUGAUGGUUUUAUUGCCCUCUUGCCCAUGAAGCCACGGAGGAAUCGUGCCGCAGAGAGGAAUCCUGCUCUUGCUGGGUCGGCCAUUCGAUGCCUUUUGUGUGGACAAGGCUUCAUUCAUAGCUCUGCCCUUAAUGAGCAUAUGAGACUUCAUAGAGAAGAUGAUUUACUGGAGCAGAGCCAGAUGGCUGAGGAAGCUAUCAUUCCAGGCUUAGCCCUCACUGAGUUUCAGAGAAGUCAGACCGAAGAGAGACUCUUUGAAUGUGUGGUCUGUGGAGAAUCUUUCGUCAACCCAGCAGAACUUGCGGAUCACGUAACUGUUCAUAAGAAUGAGCCCUAUGAGUAUGGGUCCUCCUAUACUCACACCUCAUUUCUUACUGAGCCCCUCAAAGGAGCUAUACCAUUCUAUGAAUGCAAGGAUUGUGGUAAGUCCUUUAUUCAUAGCACAGUCCUCACUAAACAUAAGGAGCUUCAUCUGGAAGAAGAAGAAGAAGAUGAAGCAGCAGCAGCUGCAGCAGCAGCAGCCCAGGAAGUUGAAGCCAAUGUCCACGUUCCACAAGUAGUUCUGAGGAUUCAGGGGUCAAACGUAGAGGCUGCCGAGCCAGAAGUGGAGGCUGCUGAGCCAGAAGUGGAGGCUGCUGAGCCAGAGGUGGAGGCUGCUGAGCCAAACGGAGAGGCUGAAGGGCCAGAUGGAGAGGCUGCAGAGCCCAUUGGAGAGGCUGAACAGCCAGAUGGAGAGGCCGAGCAGCCAAAUGGGGAUGCCGAUGAGCCAGAUGGUGCAGGGAUUGAAGACCCAGAAGAAAGAGCUGAAGAGCCAGAGGGAAAAGCUGAAGAGCCAGAGGGAGAUGCCGACGAGCCUGACGGUGUGGGAAUUGAAGACCCAGAAGAAGGUGAAGAUCAAGAGAUUCAGGUAGAACCAUACUAUGACUGCCAUGAAUGCACAGAAACCUUCACUUCCAGCACAGCAUUCGGUGAGCACCUGAAAACUCAUGCCAGCGUGAUCAUAUUUGAGCCUGCAAAUGCCUUUGGGGGGUGCUCAGGCUACAUCGAACGUGCCAGCACCAGCACAGGUGGUGCCAAUCAAGCUGAUGAGAAGUACUUCAAAUGUGACGUCUGUGGGCAGCUCUUCAAUGACCGCCUGUCCCUCGCCAGACACCAGAAUACCCACACUGGCUGAGGGCAUGGGGUAAAGGUUAGAAAACCUUCACCUAGGACUUGACCCUUACCAAACCACAGAGAAUUCAAACCAAUCCAUGAUAAUGUCAGUAGGAGACUUAACCUUAGUGUGUUACACACCUGACUUAACAUCUCUAAACUCAGAUUGAAAAGAGACCAAAUGUGGAGAUUCCACAGUCUUAAGCUUUCCCCUUCAGAUGUCAGUGUCUGCAUGUGGGAAAGCCACAGCACACAUCUUACCUUUCCAAGUAAUCAGAUUGAGAAAACCCUAUGAGUAUUCCAGACUACAAAGGUUGCCCAAAUCAACUGUAAAUGAUACUUGUGUAACGUAUAUAUAGUGUUUCCUGAGGUGUAUAUAAAAUAGCAAAUUAUGGCAGAACAGUGAUCACAUAUAUUUGGAUUUAAUAUGAUAUACAGUUACAGUUUACUCUGCAGAGAGGUACCUUACCUGGUACUCUUUGAAUUUUUUUUUUUUGUUUUUUUUGGAGGAGGAAGAGAGCAACAAAUUUGAUUAUAUUUGUAAGUGUCUUAGAUCCUGAGAAAGAUUUAUUGUGCAUUAUUUGAACCCUGUCAGUAUCUUUUUGAGUAAUUGUUUUGUUUCUUACCCUUAAAUAGUCUUGUGAAGCUGUAGGCAUGAUAGAUAACAUGUCUUUUACUCUUUACUGUUUGAAAAGAGAAGUACUUCAGCUUCUUUCUGCAGCCAUUUCAUCUGCACCAACACUUUGGAACCUAAUACUGUGUAAGGCUUUACAAUAUACGGAUUGGCUUUUUGUGACCCAAAUUGAUUGGUUGCCACAUGUUAUGUUUGUUGAAGUGGUUCUCAUGCAAAAAUAUCACACAUUUGUGUUCUGGUUUUUUUUUUUAAAACCAACUCUAUAUGUAUUUGACGAUAGUGAAUUGAUAAAACCCGAAGCUUUUCCCUGUAAAUCUUACAUCUUUGCCUUUAAAGAAUGGGUUACAACCAUCACUAGAUCACAGUAGUGCCUAAUGAAGGUUGAGAACCAUAGGAGAGGCUCUCAUGCUGUAAAUAAUGAUGCAGGCUAAUGACCUUUCAUCACUUCUUUUGUGCGCUUCCUGCCUUAAGUGACAAGUAGCAACAUGGCUUGGGUCCCCUGUGCAGCAUCAGCCUAUGCUGCCACAAGUCAGUUUGCACCCUAGGUGCCCAGGAGCUUAGAUCUUUCUAUCGCUAACUUAAUUCUCUUCGUUAUUUAUCUGACCCUCUAACUCCAUGUCUAACUUGCAUUAAAAAAAAAAAAUUCUUUACAGUCAACCCAAGCUUAACAUGGACUCAGGUUCCCCAGCAGCCUUAAUUUGUUUUGUUAACAUCUGUUCCUUCUUUUUCAGCUCUCCUAGAGUAUUUCUGAGUGUUGUGUUCAUCUAAUCUUAGUAUUCCUUUUAAUUACAAAUUGACCUCACAGCUUGAGGUUUCUUGUGUCCUAUUCUGUGGACUACCUGUGCUCCUUUGCUUUCCCUCCCCUCGCAUAAUAACUAUAUUAAGAGAUUUUUUUUGGCCUUGAGUUGGCUGGAAAAAAAAAAUUUAAAAUUUAAAAAAUUAAAAAAAAAAAAGAUUUGCAAAAUAUAAGUGUAGAUCAUUUGAACAAGCAAAAUUAAAGUACCCACUGGGGGAAAUGUGUCUGAAUCUUACUCUUCUGGAUCUGCAGGAUUAGGGCUUGGAAGUAUGUCAAAGAUGCAGGGAGUGUCAAAGUUUAGGAAGAUUGUAGAGCUGAGAGCAAGAAGCAGAAAUGAGUGAGCCAAAGAAGGGAGUCCUAAUAUAUCACCAGAUCUAGGAGGGGAGAGGAGACAGACAGAAGAAAAUACCAGAGGCAAGAAUUGUAGAAGGCCAAGUUUCUGAGAAUGAAUUGAGUGGGGUGUCCUGAGCAGUUUGGAAAAGGAGCCUUUGAUGGUAUGGUGUAGGUGAGGGCUGGCUGCAUAGGAAGACCUGAGGUUGGAACGGACAUCAGGAAAGCUGGGGGGCAGUGAAGUGUACUACAUGGGAAGAGGACUCUUGAAACGAGAAUCAGUGUUGAUGGCGGGGUGAACUUUGUGGGUUCAUUACUUGGUGUUAACAUUGUUGGCAGUGGUAGCCCCUUUUCAGAAAGCAACUUGCCAUAAGUCAGGGUGUCCGUUCCAACCUUCAGUUAGUGAAAAGGUAGUAACAAAUGGUAAACAAGAGAAUGAUUGUUUAAACGUAUCUGUGGACACUUAAUGCAGCUGUUUAAAAAUGAUAAUCACGAGUUAUGUAGCAACGUGGAAAUAUAUUUACAGAACAUUAAGUGGAGAAAGCAGGACACGAAAGUAUAUUUAUACUACAAUUAUAACUGUUUAAAAAUAUAUACGCUUAUAGUCAAAAGCUGUUGUGGUGGUGGUGUUGUAGGCUUAUAGUUGAGCAUUAUUUUCUUAAAUUUCUUGAAUGUUCUUUAUGGUAGUGUUACUAAAAAGUUUAUGAUCACAUUUUCAUUGUGAACAUAAUUUGAACUCAUUAUCACACACUUGGAAAAUACAGAAAAGUGGAGGAAAAAUAAUUCAUAUCCCCACCAUCCAAAGACAUAUACUCUCCUCUAUCUUGUUCAUUCUUGUUUCUGUGCACAGGUUUAUAACUGUGUCAAAAUGUAUAUUCAAAAUAGCUGUUACGUUACCUUUGUGGAAUUAUGGUUAAAUACUUUCACCUUAAUUUUUUCAUAUGUUCCCUAUAAUAAUGUCCUGAUAACAGUGUAUUAUGUAUGUCUCCAUUGUGUGCAUAAUACAUACCCAGAGGAAAAAUUAGAAAAUACAGUAAAUUAUUUUAAAAAAUUACCUAUAUUCCCAACACCCAACAACUACUGUUAACAUCUUGAUUUCCUCCAUCUUGUUUCAGUGCACAAGCUUUUGAUAACAGUGUUAAAUAUAUGUGCGUAAAGUCUAAAAUGAAAAGAUGUGGAAAAUAACUAAAAUAGUGUUGUCGUUGUGGGAAUUUGGUUAAAUAUUUUGUCUCAAAUUUCUUAAAUAAUCUUUGGUGUUUUGGUAAUAAAUUUUAUGUAUGUAUUUUCCAUUACAAGUAUAAUACAUACUCACAGAAAACUUUGGAAAUUCAGUAAAGAAAAUUCACUCAUAUUCCCAACACCCAACAACAAUUACUGUUAACAUCUUGAUCUGUGCACUAGUCUGUGAUUACUAGGGUGUUAAUGAUAAGUAUGCAUAAAUGUCAAAGAUGGGAAGAAAGAUGGAAAACAAGAAAUAGUUGUGUGGUGGUUGUGGGAUUAUGGUUAUUUCGUCUCGAUUUCCUUGAAAGGUCAUCAUUCUAGUGUUUUGGUAGUCCACCUUUACUACAUAUAUUUCCAUUAUAUAUGAAAUGUGUUCAUUAUAGAAACUUUGAAGUUACAGAAAUGUAGAAGAGAAACUCAUCCAUGUUUUUCACCAUCCAAAGAGUGUAGUUAACAUCUUGAUAUAUUUUCUUCAUCUUGUUUCUGUGCACAGGUUUUUGGUUUGUUAAUAUGGUUGUGGUCAUUCUAUCUAUCUGUAAUAGUGUCAACAAUAAAAAUAAAGUUACAAAUAAAUAUU